AACGUAUCAAUCCCCGCGAGAUGGCAUCACACACUGCAGCAGUGACUCUAAUAUCUGAAUUCUAUUGCUUGAGAGGGUUUGAAUCGUGUCUUUCAGCUUUGAUUUCUGGGGAGAGUGAUCCUCCUAGAGUGCCGCCUGUCGCGUUAUACUGUGCGACACUGUGGUCGAUUGUCAAAAACGAUGAGUUAGAGUACGUCAACGAGGCAGUUCGGCUGUUACUCGAGAUAUGUCGGAAAGUCCCGGAUAUUGGAACCGAGCCGCGAUCACUGAAACUCAUAAUUGAUUUAAAAUGCAAAGCAAUAAUCACAACAGUUGCAUUCAAUCUCAGUGGGAAAGCAUCAGAUGCAUUCCUGCAGGCGACCUUAAAUUGCCACUUUCCACUAUCUGUCGAGCCCGACAUCGAAUGGUAUCAGGACGAGCACAGACAGAUGAGGGACCAUUUGGUUCGAUUAAUCACAUCGGCUCCACAAGACAGGAAACGCUACCUUGACACGUUCGUGUCAGACAACGAUAAUUCCGUUGCUAUCAAGAGACAAACACUUAAACGACUGAGCAACUUCAUUCUUCGAGUCUACAGUCACUUUGGUUGGUCGGCGUUGGAUGCAGUGUUUCCGUCACUGAAACGGUUUGAUGACAUGAGCUCAAGGCCAAUAGAAGUUAUUAUCGAGAAAGAAGCUAUGGAACGUCCACCAAGUCCCACUUUCAGUGAAACAAUACCGGGAGUUUGCGACGAGGUGGAGGUGGAUGUCCAAUCAAGUAUGACAGAGUCACUGGACGCUGUCAGUGCGACAUCAGAUAACUCUUCUAACGAGUCAGAACCCUUGCUAAUGCACGAAUGGCGAGAAGCUCAAUCAAAGAUAAGACAGAGGACAAUAUCCAGCCACACUGAUAAACAAUCAACCAACAAUCUAGGGAUAAGGCGACUCAUACCAAAGAUAAACAAGUUGAAAUUUCCACUUGAGCAAAUCAUUGGUGUCAAUGCCAAUACAAACUGUUGGUCUGAGGUGCAGCGGUUGGGGUAGAACACACACAGGAAGAAACUUAACUUUCACACAAUUAGAAGGACUUCAUUUAUACAAAUUUUUAUUGAGUAGACUAAACGCACGUCGAUGUAACAUGCUGCUUCAACUAGUCAUCCGACUCUAGGUUGAUUGCACUACCAAGUUUAGAAUACAGUUGGGUUUUUAACUCAG